AUGGCUGUGUCUCCCACACCUGGGCAGCAGGAAUAUGUUCAUGACCACGCAACACAGAGAAGUGUAAACGACAGUUCAGUUUCUAUGCAACAUGGACAUUUUUGGAGGGUUCACUGGAUUUGGACCCUCCCUCUACUCACUGCCCUGGUUGGGCUGGUGGGGAACAGCAUCGUCCUGUGGCUCCUGAGCUUCCGCAUCCGGAGGAAUCUCUUCUCUAUCUACAUCCUCAACCUGGCCGGGGCCGACGCACUCUUCCUCUGUUCCUCCUUUCUCGUCUCCAUAUGUGAAUUUGUUAGAUAUUUGUGUCAUUCUUUCAUGUACAGGUUAUUGCAAUACAUCACAUACACAUUCUACACGGUGAGCCUCAGUUUCCUGGCUGCGAUCAGCACCGAGCGCUGUCUAUCUGUGCUCUUCCCCAUCUGGCACCGAUGUCACCGCCCCAAGCGCACGUCUGUGGCUGUCUGCGCUGUCCUCUGGGCUCUAGGCGGCCUGCUUGAAGUAGCAUAUAUCGUCAUUUGUUAUGAUGAUUAUCCUGGCCACAUGAAACGCAUGUGUCGUGACUACUUAAUCACAGAGUUUGUAUGGUUCCUCCUCCUCACCUGCGUGCUGUGCAUGUCCAGCCUGACCCUUCUGCUGAGAGUCCAGUGCAGCUCUCAGCGCCGGCAGCCCCCCAGGCUCUACCUCCUCAUCCUACUAGCUGUCCUCGUGUUCCUGCUCUGUGGCCUACCCAUGGAGAUUGGGGAAUUCUUAAGCUACUUCAAUACAGUUUUUAUGCCUCAAUGGCUCGGUCGGCUCCUGGCCUGUCUCAACAGCAGUGCAAACCCCUUCAUUUACUUCUUCCUGGGCAAACAAAUGCAUAAAAAGAAAGAGCCCCUCAAGGUGAUCCUCCAGAGGGCCCUGGGGGAUGAGCGGAAUUUUGGAAGUGGGGCAAGGGACACCCUCUACACCAACAGCCUGGAGACAUCAUUCUGA